ACGACUUUUGAUCACAUGAUUUGAAGAGUGGUCGUCCUUGCACACUCGUGGUGAACAUGUAAGAGAUGGAUUUUAUGAAGCUGUUUGGCACCGUUAUCGCCGUCUUGUUCCACCCCGGAUCCGCGUCUAAAAUCAAUGGCCAAAAGAUCUGCCGGCGCGGGACAGAGCGCCCAUGCUACAUGGUGUCCUACAUCGAGGACAGCAGGCGGAGGCUGACGUUCGAAGAUGCCAGGCAGGCCUGCUGGUUGGAUGGAGGCGAGCUGCUCAGCAUCGAGAGGGAAAGCGAGCAGCAGCUGGUUGAGAGGUUCAUACGGCAGCUGCAGGCGGGAGAUGGAGACUUCUGGAUCGGGCUCCGUCGCAGCCCGCUCCACCACAGGGCCGGGGCAGUAAGCCCAGUGUGCCCGUCGCAGUACUAUUGGGUGGAUGGAAGCACAGCUAAGUACAGGAACUGGCACUGGGAUGAGCCAUCGUGUGGUGCUGAAAUGUGUGCGGUUCUGUACCACCAGCCCUCUGCACCACCUGAUGAAGAAGGUCAUUUCCUGUUCCAGUGGAAUGAUGACAACUGCAACUCCAAGAACAACUAUGUGUGCAAAUACCCAGAGGUUAAAGUACCAGUAUUUACCGAGGAAAGGAACACAGCACAUGCAGUUCCUGCUCCAGUGCCAACUCUGAGGCCAAACAUAUUCUCAACGAGGCCUACAGAAAGUGACGAGAGGAUAAAUAUAGGACUACCCGAGUCAUCAGUAUCUCUCUCAGACAACUCCCUUUAUAUUUCCUACAUCCUUUGUGCAACUAUUCCUGCUCUGCUGCUGCUGGUGUUUGCAGCUGCUGGAUUCUUCUGCUACAGACAUCAUGCGAAGAGGAGGAAGACAGAAACACAGAGCCAUCUCAGCAGAUCAAAACCAGGGAUGUCAACAACAGCCUCACCUUAUGCUGUACCAGGACCAUAUGCCUAUAGUGACGUUACCAAACUGCCUCACACUGCUCUGGACAGCAGCAUGCUAGCAGACAUCAUGACAAAGUACCCCCGUGCACCUUCCCCAGACUCCCAGUGUGACGAUUAUGAGAAUGUGUCAUGUGCAGACAGGGAGAGCGGCUUUGUAACCAAUGACAUAUAUGAGACCUCUAAAGCUCAGAGCCGGCGCUGCCGUGGUCAGGCAGGUUGGGUGGAAAAUGAGAUCUACGGAUAACACUGCUGAAUAUGACCCAGCUAGACAGAGGAACACGAUGUUCUCCAUCCUUUUCUGCAUGUACACCGCCUGGUUACGUGUGAGAUUCAGGAUUACUAAACACGUGGCUGUGUUGGCCUUGACGUGGGUUAUUUGAAUAUAUAUCUCUCAGCUGUGUGUGUCUCCAGUGAUGCAUCCUGAGCAUCUAGCAUUCAAAUUUGAGAGUCAGAUUAUGUGUAAUUAAAAGCAGGGUUCCCCCAAAAUGUUUGUGCUGCGACGACAACUUCCCAGAAACAGAACAAAUCUUACAAGAGAAUUCUUAAAUUGUUGAUCUAAUUUUGAAUCUGUGCAUGGCAUACAUUUGGGUUCAAGAGUUCUGAAAAAGUUAUAAUAUAUUUGAAUGUUUUUAAUCAUUUUGUUAUUAAAACUGAGACGAAGAAUCUACAGCGAUGCUUGUAGCUCUGUGAGGCUGUGUUCAGAGGAUAUAUCCAGUCAUUGUCUACCUUUACUCAGCCCCAUUCAGACAGAAAGUCAGGUGAACAGUUUUGCAAUAUUGUCACAAACAACUGAAGUUGCUUAAAAAGCAUCUGAAAAAAAAAACAAAUUAAAUGGCUCCAAACAGCUCGUCCAGUUUAAUCCAACUCCAAUAGAAAUCUCAGAUUGAUUUGAAAAGAAGUUAUUUACACCCUCGACUGGCCCACUUUAGACUGAUGCUAACGCUUUCAGCUUAGCAGCUAUAUGGAUACAUACAACUUCUCACAAAUUUAGGACAAAGCCACAAUUCAGCAAGUUUGGCGUCAGCUAUCUCCUUGGACAAUUCAGUUUCUUGCUGUCAAAGCCUUUGUAUUUCAUUUUCACAUUCAAGUUAUACUUCCACAUGAAGUUUAAUCGAAUUGUGUGAUCAUGAAAAGAAAGCUGACAUGGAGCACCUGAAGAAGUUCUCCUGCACUAUGGGAAGGAAAACAUGUAAACAUGCGGGUCCACUGUGGGUUUGCAGUAUACCCACUGGGUAUACCCAUAAUAGGGGGCCCACGUGAGUCUGCAUUUCACUCCAGAAAAGGCCCACAGUUGGCUGCCCACACAGUGGGCAUACUGGGUACAUUGUGGGUUUAUUGCCACCAAACUGGGUAUACUGUGGGUUUACUGUGGGCGUAGUGGGAACACAAUUCUGAGACACACGCUAAGAAAAAGAUGAUAAGGAAGAGUUUAAGAUUUAACUCGUAAUAGAAAUGAUUGUUUGCUUUUCAUCUUGAAAUGUCUUUCCUCUAAAAAAAGAAAGAAAAGAAAAAGGGAGCAUAAUUGAUGUGUUUUAAUGUAAAUUUAUACUGAACAAAUGUAUAGUGGCAUACUGCUCCAGUGUCCCUUCGUGCAUGUUCUGUGGUGUCCUGCUUUGAAUCUACAUUAUGGUAUGACAAAAUCUGGACUCAAAAUAUAACUCUGAAUGCAUGUGCAGAAUAAUACUAAUCAUACUGAGAGUAGCAGUAAUAAUCUAAGAGACAUGUGUUUUUUUUUACUAUGCAUUCAUUGCAAGAGAGAAACACCUGUAUGUAUCCAGGUGAGAGUACAAGUCAUUUAGGAUAUUCAAUAUUAAAUAAAAGUUUGACAUUAUGGUUUGAAUGCUAAAUAAAAUGUCAUUUCCUUUAUGUCGAACAGGGCAAGGACCACACAAACACAGUAAACACACAAAACAAG